AUGGCUGACAAACCGACAACCAGUCAGGCGCACACUUCCACCACCUUCGAUAAGGACAAGCAGCCUGCCGUGACUACAACUCAAUCAUCUUCAUUUUCUUUGACUGAUCUCGCUUCCUCCACCUCUUCCUCUCCUUCAAUUUUCUUCCCCUUUCAACGUCGAUUCUCCAAUCCUCCAAUGGCAUCAAAUUCACCAUCCGCCGACAAGGCGCACUCGUCAAUGGCUCCGCCGCCACCGCCAAUGGAGUCCAAGAAAUUCGACAUUACCAGCCUCAUGUCACCGCCCGACGUCGUGCUCGACAGCUUUCAUCAUGGCAAUUCCGUAUUGAACAAGUCAGGCGGUGCCAAUGGCAAACAGUCAUCGUCGCAGCAACCGCUGCCCAUGUCACCGGCCCCCACGCGCUCGCCCCCCCCCCCCCCGCCAAUGGAGUCCAAGAAAUUCGACAUUACCAGCCUCAUGUCACCGCCCGACGUCGUGCUCGACAGCUUUCAUCAUGGCAAUUCCGUAUUGAACAAGUCAGGCGGUGCCAAUGGCAAACAGUCAUCGUCGCAGCAACCGCUGCCCAUGUCACCGCCAAUCUCGCCUUACAGCAAACCCAUCUCGACGACUAGCACCCUGCCUGUAACUCCACACAGCCAGGCCAUCAAGGACCCCGUUUUGUACCCUACCGACGAGCACGCACCGGCCAGUCCUCCGCAGCCUCCAUUGUUUGCUCCCGCUGAGCUUGAACACCAACGCAUCGUUGACGAACACGUUCGCGCCCGGUCGCAGAGUAUUUUCAGCGGCGUCACGCCACCCAAGAGAGAAGAUUACGAGCUGGUCCUCACCUUCCGAUCUCAGGUUAUGACGCACUUCACCACGAACCGUAAAGGAUGGCUCCGCAAAGAACGGGCCCUUCUCGAGGCUGACAGACGGGCCGGCGCUCAGAGAUAUCAUGCAAUUAUGCCAGCCAAGCCCAUUGCCGCCAAACCUCCCCGAUCCCAGCGGACUGAUCGAAUUUCCAAGCCUCAUGCAACUCCGAGACCGAUUCGCACCAACGCCACAACCGUUGGAACCACCCCAGUGAGACCCGUGGGCCGCACUAGCGCUACUCCUGAACCAUCUCGUCGGGUCGUGGCUCCCAAUCGUGAGGACAAGGACUUUAACUCACUGCCUGACUAUUGUCCCCCUUUGAACUCACUACCUAAUCGCUCCAACAGCCUCAAGGUGGAUUGGAAGGGUCAGCCAAUUGAUCUCAGCAGCGAUCCGCACGCCAGUCUGCUUCACCCCGACGAGCUUCUCUUGGCAGGAAACUUGCGCCUGGAUUGUGCCACGUACCUCACAAGCAAGCGUCGCAUCUUUGAGCGUCGCCUCCAGUGCCUUCGCACGGGCAAGGAAUUCCGCAAGACAGAUGCGCAGCAGGCUUGCAAAAUUGAUGUCAACAAGGCAUCAAAGCUGUGGACUGCUUUCGAGAAGGUGGGCUGGCUGGAACAAAGCUGGGUUCGUCGAUUUCUCUAG